ACUGUCUAAUCUCUCCUAUAAAUUCAGACAUACUUUGCUCUUCCUCUCUCCACCUUCAUUCGAAAACAAAGCUUUCUUUUUUACAGAACAUAAAACCCAUUUACAAGAUCGAUAUGUCGACUGCUGGUCAGGUUAUUCGCUGCAGAGCUGCGGUGGCGUGGGAGGCAGGGAAGCCUCUGGUGAUUGAGGAAGUGGAAGUGGCUCCUCCUCAGGCUAACGAAGUUCGUCUCAAGAUUUUGUUCACUUCUCUUUGCCACACCGACGUCUACUUCUGGGAAGCUAAGGGACAAACACCAUUGUUCCCUCGGAUUCUUGGACAUGAAGCUGGAGGGAUUGUGGAGAGUGUCGGUGAAGGGGUGACUGAUCUUCAACCUGGAGACCAUGUUCUUCCCAUCUUCACCGGGGAAUGUGGGGAUUGCCGCCACUGCAAGUCCGAGGAAAGCAACAUGUGCGACCUUCUCAGGAUCAACACCGAGAGAGGAGUUAUGAUCCACGACGGGAAAUCGAGGUUUUCGAUCGACGGAAAACCCGUCUACCAUUUCCUCGGGACAUCCACCUUCAGCGAAUACACUGUUCUUCACUCUGGCUGUGUUGCCAAGAUCAACCCUGACGCCCCUCUCGACAAAGUCUGUGUUGUCAGCUGUGGUUUGUCAACUGGGCUUGGUGCCACGUUGAAUGUCGCCAAGCCGAGGAAGGGUGACUCGGUUGCUAUCUUCGGGUUGGGAGCUGUCGGCCUUGCUGCUGCUGAAGGAGCUAGAAUUGCCGGGGCUUCGAGGAUCAUCGGGGUUGAUCUGAACUCAAGCAGGUUCGAGGAAGCUAAGAAGUUUGGUUGUACCGAGUUUGUCAAUCCGAAAGAACAUGACAAGCCUGUCCAAGAGGUGAUUGCUGAGAUGACAAACGGGGGAGUGGACCGUAGCGUUGAAUGCACCGGAAGCAUCCAAGCCAUGAUCUCUGCAUUUGAAUGCGUCCACGAUGGAUGGGGAGUUGCAGUGCUGGUGGGUGUACCCAACAAAGACGACGCCUUCAAGACUCAUCCGGUGAAUUUCCUAAACGAGAGGACGCUUAAAGGAACUUUCUUUGGGAACUACAAACCCAAAUCCGACAUUCCCGGGGUUGUGGAGAAGUACAUGAACAAGGAGCUUGAGCUGGAGAAAUUCAUCACGCACAGUGUGCCGUUCUCGGAGAUCAACAAGGCCUUUGAGCUGAUGCUCAAGGGAGAGGGCCUGAGGUGCAUCAUUCGCAUGGAUGGCUAAUCAAGACACGGAUUCUCUCUUUCUUGCAUCUUCUUCAAUGAAUUUGGGUUCAUGAGCUGUGUCGCGUGUGGAGUGGAAGAAUAAAAAGAUUCUCUUUUCUUGUAAUAUUAUUGCAGUGGAAGAAUGAAAAAUGGUUUUGUAAUUUUUUUUUUUUUGUUCUUUUGUUGUCUCCUUUAUAUUCUAUAAUUAAAUCCGUUUCAAUUUCA